AAGGCGCAUCUGAUUUACUGUUUGCAGUUCGAACGCGGUACGGCCGAGCCCAUAAGCAUUUCGGUUGAACGGGUUGUGGCUAGUUUCAACACUUACGGGAUCGCCGUCGUCUUCGGCAAACCGUCACCCGCCAUGGUCAUGGGUAUACCGCCAUCACAGAUGUCGAAAUCGAACAUAGUGAGGCAUUGUGUAUAUGUGCUGCUCUUGUGAGUGAGUCAACAACCCUCGACCUCAAAAGACAGGUCUCUUCGGCUUUAGAUUUAUUUGUCAUGUGUCUUGAACCGUAGAAAUUGUUUGGGCAGCACCAGGUGGUCCCGUCGACCACCCUGUGCCAUGGUCCGAUUUCCAGAGAGUGCAGCGGGCACGUGUGCCGUCACCUACCUCCAUGGCCAUUGAUAAAGAUGUCUUGUAGCGUUACUGAGCGGGUCCCGGAUAACAGAGGCGCAGUUGUGGGUCCCCAAGGGGGAGCAGGUCCUACAGGGACAACCGUAACCGUAACUGGAACAGGAUGUAGGCUACGAGGUACCGGCGCAAGUAAUGUGAGUUUAGCACCAUCACCGAAUUCCAGGGGUAGCAUACCGAUUUCAAGUGCUCCCCAGAAUGGGCCACAAUCAAGUGCUCAAGGUGCUCCGCUACGGCCAAAGCCUUGUUGCCUCCUAUGGUGCUGUUGCUGCAAGUGUCCUUGUUCAAAUCCUGGUGGAAAAGCAAACGAUGAAAACGGACCUAAUAGAAAUUCAAAUAAUUCGGAUGUGAUGUUAAAUUGUGAAUUAGAACCACCUCCUUCGUUAGAAGAGAUCCGGAAUUGGGGCAGAUCUUUCGAAAAACUCAUGAAAAGUCCAGCGGGUCGGCAGGUAUUUAGGGAUUUUCUAAGAGGAGAAUACUCGGAAGAAAAUAUAUUAUUUUGGUUAGCGUGUGAAGAACUCAAACGGGAAACGAAUUUAGAGGCAGUAGAAGAGAAAGCAAGAAUUAUUUACGAAGAUUAUAUUUCGAUUCUUUCUCCCAAGGAGGUGUCGCUGGAUGCGAGAGUACGUGAGAUUGUAAAUCGUAACAUGGUGGAACCGACUCCACAAAUGUUUGAAGAGGCACAACUUCAAAUAUAUACCCUAAUGCAUAGGGAUAGUUAUCCACGUUUCGUCAACUCACCGUUAUACCGAUCAUUGUCUCAACAACAGAAUGCUUCUUCAGCUCCCCAAUCUGCUGUGACGACAUCAAUGGUCACAACGGCUUCUUCGGGGAAACAGGACGGUUAACGCCGUACCCUUUUCAACUAAGGCGGCCUAACGAGAGACACGACAGUCGACAAUAACCUCGGCGGGCGACAGUCGACUUUACAAGGCGUCUCAAAAAAGAAGAUUGCCGCAGCCGACUCGAAGCCUAACGCCGAUUCUUCGGAGCAUUCCUCGCACAGUGCACUGUGACAUGUGACCGUUUUAGGGCCACAGCGCCGGCGCCGCAUAAACCCCAUAAACACAGGACGCUGUGAGAUUUAGAUGUGUUCGUAAAAUCAGUUUUCCGGCACAUGUUCACUUUGUACAAUAGCAAUCAUAUUUCUCUGAACUGGACCUAAUAGUCGCUCACUUCUUAAAAUUAGUGUUGUGUAAUAAUAACGAAAAUAUGAUUCAUCUCAUUGUAAGCUGGGUAAAAAAGUUGGAUGGUAUCGAUUGAACUAUCAUCAUGUCGAACUAACUAAAUUUUCAUGAUCACUUUAUACGAUAUUUUGCGAAACUGAUACAUUUACAGCAAUAAAACAAUUAUGCAAUUAGCAACAUUAAGACAAAGACCCUCAAAGGUGUAUCUUUGGGCAGCUUGUAUAUACCGGAGAAUCCUUGUUCCCACUUUUGGUCACAGUCUUUAGAACGUUUUACAGAGUUCUAAAAUGAUAUCCUUUUAAAACAUGUCACAAUUUCGAAAAAAAAAUUACUUAACUCAUGAUCCUGGGUUCGAUUAUCCUUCAGUACAGAGCUUUCUGGCCACGAGUCGUCUGUCAAAUAUUGAUGCAUGAUGUGACCGUUUAAAUUUAACUGUUCAUUCGUAAACCUUAUUGUUAAACGAAAGUCAGUCCCAUUUCUCGAACAAUAAAUAUUUGAUUGAUAAUCUUCAUUUGUGCCCACAGAAAAUUCAUAAAGAAGAAUAAUGAUCCCAUUGUGCUGAUAAAUUUUAGAAAAGCAGUUCGGAAUUUGUAGAAGUUGAAUUACUGAAUAUGAAUGUCUUUUUUUAUCAUUAAAAGAGAAGACCUCCAGAAGAAUAGUUGAUUUCUUAAUAAGGUUUACGUUAAAUUAAAACAAUUUUAUUCGUACUAUACUACACUGUAACCGCAGAAUCCAGAAUGGAGAGUACCAGUUACAAAUAAUGUGUCUUUAUAGUUAAUCAUAUAUGAAAAUUAUUUGAAAUAAACCUUUAUAUACCCUUUUCGUUCUAAAGCUCUUUCAUAAUUUUGAAAAUUGAAAUUUUGAACACGAAUUCAGUUUAUAAAAUGAUAAGUAAAUUUUUUUAUGCGGUAACUAUAUCAGUAUCGCAAUUAAAGUCUUUUUAAUUAUUGUUAUUAUUGGCUCAUUUGCACAAUCACGUGGGUGUUGGUAGCACUUAGAUUAGCAAGUGUAGAACACAACAAGCUUUUUAUAAUUCAAAAUACGAUUUAUUCAACCCUACUUGUAAUAGAAAACGAAAUAGAUUAAGCAAAUGACGCCUACCUCAAUAAUCUAUUAAAAUUACUGCCUUUUAUAUUUGUAUUCCUAAUUUUUCACCAGCCAUUUUAUUACUUUUGUUUAAUCCUGUAUACACUGUGUUGAUAAAGAAUGAAAAAUAUCGAUCGUGCGUGAAACUCACGAUUAUUCCAAGGCUUGUAAACUUUAGCUGAUCAAUUACUUUAAUCAGAAAAUUAUAAAUCACUAUAUAUGUAGGAAGCAAUGCAAAAAUAAAUUUUUUGACUCAGAGAAGUCAUAUUUUUCAUUAUGUUGUAGUAAUCUGAUAAAUUUGGUAUACGACAUAUAAUUUCACGAAAAUUUCGAUACAUUAAUUAUGGAAAUUUUAGAAAAAGGUAUGUUUCACUCUGUAACAACUUGUUGUUCUUGGUUUUACCUUGUAAUGUAUAUUUUGUAUAAGAAAUGUCGAAUGUGUAUAUAUUGUAUCCUUUUUAUCAGAAAUAAAAUUAAGUUUUUGAAACUCAAGAAAAAAUUAACAGAUUUUACUUGUUAUAUUGAAAAUCAAACUAUUUCCAAGAUAUUCCUAGCAAAUAAUUAUUCACAAUGGUAAACAUAAUCAAAAAAUCAAUAACUAAACGCCAUAGAACAGAGUGAUGAUUCAUUAUUGGUAAUAAUUGUAUCUGCAUUAUCAUCGAAAAUACGCGGAGUGGUCAAAAAAGGUUUCAAGUCGAAUAAAAAAAAUAUUUAUUAACAAUUUGUAGAAAAUAUAAGAAGUAAUUCAAAGACAUGCAUACCUAAUACGUUAGAAACAUUUCUUCAACUAUUGCUGCAUUGAUCCUGUCUUUUAAGAGCUUCGCCACUCCUCGCUAUAUUGUGGAGACUGUCUACCUGACGGAAAAAAGCAACUCAAUUUCCAUACAUGUUAUAGUUCUUCCAAUAUCAAUUGCAGAUUAUAAAAACUUAUAUAAAAACCCUUGCCGACAGUUUUGUUUAUUGGUCUAUCAUAGACUUAGAUACCUCAUUUUAUAUUAUUUUUAUAAAUACUUUUAAAGAUGUGUAUAUCUUAUGUAUUCGUGAAAGGCAAUCGAAUCAUUAUAAAUUGGACGGCCGUUAUUUAGACAGAUGCACUUAAUUGUAGUCCUACUUGGAAAAAAACAUCAAUGCACCUCAUUAACUUGUUACAACUGAAUAUUGAAUUAUAAAACGUAAAUAGACGAGUAAAAUGUACCUGCCUGUAAGGGAGUUUGGUUUAAAUAGGGUACCAGACGUGAACUGAGUCCUUUUUUACCCCAUUCGUUUUUCUUCUGGAAAACGAAAUUUCAAAGCAAAAACCAUGAAGGAACAUUAGUUAUUUGCAAAUAAAACAAAAGAAAAGAAACAUUUCAAUUCCAAAUUAUCCAAAUAAUCAUGGUAGUCAGAAUCGUCUGAAGUAAAGUCACAAUUUGAUUGAACUAUGAAGGGUUGUAAAGAGGGUGAUACCACAUAGUCAUCUUCUUUGAUAACAUGUUCAACACAGUUUUUCCAAAGCUCUUGGCGGUCAACUUUCUUUACGAGCUCUAUAACCUCUUUUCUCAAUUCUGGUGACUGAUUACAUUUUCGUAAUUCUGAUUCUACGUUUGCUCAUAUUAACUCUAUAAGCAAUUCUUUGUUUGCUGAGCCUUUUUUACGAUUGCUGACAGGAAGAACAAUAUUUUUUUCAGACGUAAAUGCUAAAAUUUGAGCUUUGUUACAACUACUAUUUGGUAUCUUAAAGAGUUGCCGCGAGUGGUAGGAUGUGUUGUCCAUAACGAUUAUUGACUGUGGUGGAAUGUUAGGUAAAAUCUGUUCAUUAAACUAGUUAAAAUAAUUCUUCUGUCAUAUCUUCAUGAUAAUCAGAGGCACAGUUUUUAAUUUUUUUAGCAGAUAUUAAUAGAGCAUUGCGUUCAUUCAAACAACAAUUUUUAUUAUUGUCAACCCAACCGAAACUUACUACAUCGUGACUGUCAAACUUUCGUGAUUUCGUGAUUACUCGAUAAACGGAAAAUUUAUUUACUCUAGUUAAUUCAGCAAUUUUUAUUAUGAUUGCAUUAUCAGAUUGUUGAAAAUUUUCCUUUUUUAAACAUUCGAAUAUAUUUGGAAUAACUUGCUGUGUUUGUAUAUAUAAAUCUUCAUUAUUAAAUUCAUACCUGUCUUUAUUCUCACUACACUGUGCAAUUUCAUUGUCUUCAUUCGUCCAUGGUCUAAAGCAGGGGCUCUAAACCUUUUUUGCCCCACGCCCCCUUUAGAACCCACCAUAUUAAGCUCAUACAUCAACCAAGUGAAAAACGUCUUGGGCUAGAAAAAUAAAUGGAAUUUCAUUUUUGCCGCUGGUAAACAAUUUAAUUACGUCAUUCUACUUUUAAUUGCGGAAUUUUUUGCUUUAUUUUUUAUUUUUAUUUUUCUAGGAGGGCUCACGCCCCCCUUGAAAUCCUUCCACGCUCCCCCAGGGGGGCACGGCCCCCAGGUUUAUAACCGCUGAUGUAAAUAACGUCAUAUUUCUAUUUAUUCAAAUAAAUUUAUUAAUUAAAUGAAUCUCAUAUGCCUUCAGACAGCUCCAGCCAAUAGAAAAUCAUUUAUGUUUACAAUUUACAUCGGUAAACAGUGGAGAUGAUGAGUUCACGUGGACUGACAUAUUGUUAGAUAUUUCAUACGGGGUGUAAACAUUAUUUUUCAUUUCUUAAUUUGGUAUGAGUCGCAUAACUGUCUUCUGCAAUUGAUAUUUGAAGAAUUAUACCCACUGAAUGCUUCUCCACCAUAGACUACCACAAUUUGACUGUGGAUGAAAUCGAAUCUCGAAGAAACUCCCACAUUAUACCAAUUGUUUUAUUUCUCUACAAUAUGUAGGUUUCAAAUGUUGUAGCUUGGAGCGUGAUCACCCCUUCUUAUAGGAUUAUAAAUAACAGCCUCUUUCGUAAAUGUAUCAUCCAACUAUAUUUGCAAUAAUAUUUCUUCUUUAAAAUAAAAAAUUUUAUGUAUAAGAUGAUCAAUAAGCAAUAAAAAAGAAAACUAAUAGUGUAGAUACAAAUAUAAAAUUAUUUAUGUUAACAUCUGCUUCAAAUAAUAGGCACUAGUCUUACGAAUUAUGUUUUUUUCUCUUUGUUUUUGUUAUCUUGGUCAACUCAUUCUUUCAUCAAUUUUCGAUUUUGAAUUCAGUAUAUAAGAGUAAAUACGAAAAACUUUGCUGCUAACCGGUGUGGGGAGCUCAGUAACCAACUAGAGGCCUCAAACUUGCGUUUCGAUUCGCACAUAUUCAUAAGUUUCACGCAAACGUUCCUCCUUAGAUUGGUCAAUACUGUCGACGAGAGUCUAACGUUGAAGCGUUAUAAAUAAACACAAAAUCAAAAACUCACUUUCCUAUGCUAUUUGUCGGAUAUGCGAAGAGAUUAAAGACGCAAGGGAACGUAGUGGAUGUUACCCUAAAUAAAAGUCGUUCGUCUGGAGUAAAAUAUGAUUUCUACUUAAAGCUUUUUAACAAAGUUCUUGGUACUGUUUUAAUAUAAGUGUGGAAGCGGCGCCCCUAUCAGAAAUCCAAGUAAUCACGAGUAGGAAUUUCCUACUACAAAUUUACCAACAGUUCGCAGAUGAACGCGAUUACAAAUAUUGCCACAUAUUUUCACAUAGAUCAUAAGUAUCCAUGUUAGCUUAUAACGGCAAUGUGUAUAAGUAGGGUACUAUAAGGUAGUAAACUCAUCGAUUGGCGACUAGUGAACGUGCUUUCAGGCCUGUGAAGACAUGGUUAAUAUUAGUAGCUAAUUGAUUAGCGCUUCUAAAUGAAACCCGUUCAAAUUCUCCACUACCGAAAAUGACAACUAGUACGCACGCUAACAGUUUACUCGCUGCUAGUCGCUUUUGACAUGUUUGAUAUUACAAGCGCUAAGAAAUGGAGGAGAUCGUCACGUAAUUACUAGAGCUAGUAAAUUAGCACGUUAUUAGCGGAGUGUACACGUUCGCUUAGGCUAGACACUAGUCGCACAUUGUUGUUUGUUUGUCAAGCAAUGUUUGAGCUAAAAUGGAACGUUGACUGGAUGAAGGCUAGGACUUAUAUAUCAUAUACACUUCCAAUCCGACUUCGAUUGUGCCCCCUCAAAGCGGAUCGGUGCGGGAUUGGUAUAAUUAAACAUAUAUAUCAUACAAGCUUCUAGCUCAAGUCCGAUUUUCGGUUAAACUAGCCGUAACUAUCACUAGUCUUGAUUCAAACAAUUAGUACUUGGCAAUUAUUGCACUGUUUGGAAGAGGAAGCUGAAGAUAAUCUCCUUCUUCUUUUAUUGCCUUGCAUCUACAGCGCGUUGGCGAUUAUCUCAUGGUGAGACAUCUGUUUAUAGCGGCAUUACACAGCUCAACGGUGUUAUUGUAUUAUAUAUGCCUGUCCAGGGUUUUAUAUUGCGUAGCCAUGGCAUUUGUUUUCGGCUUACGCCUCUCUUUCCUUCGAUCUUUCCUUGUAUGAUCAAUUGGGGUAUUGUAUACAUUUCUCCUCUAUGAACGUGACCCAAUUAUCCGACCUUUUGCUCCCCGCUCUUUUUAGUACAUCCUCGUUCCUCACUCUGUCUGUCUAUGGUAUACGCAACAUUCUUUGAAGGAUCCACAUUUCGAAGGCUUCUAGUUUAUUGAAGGACGAUAUCUUCAAUAUGCAUGUUUCCAUUCUAAACCGAAGGUCAAAGGAGAUAUUACGGUUAUACAACAUCGGUUUAAAUUUUUAUGGUCAAAUUGCAAAACCUCGUCAAUUUUCAUCAUUUAUGGGUUUUUAAUGUGAAAAUUUUUUAAAUAAAUUAUUCCUUUAAACUGCAAAAUCUAGUAAGUUCACGAACAGUUCUUAGUACUUGUAGUGACAAGCAAGAUUGAUAUGAAAAAUAUAUAAAGAAAGAAACCUCUUUAGUAGACUUCCUUCUAUAAAAUUUCAACAAAUCGACCUACGAGCUUUCGCAAUUUAACCAUCGAUUUAAUGAAUGCCUGCCUUGCUGAGGGUCUCAUUUCUCAUUUAUAGUUAUCCCUAGAUAUUUAAACGUCUUCACUUGCUCGAUAGGCGUGUUAUCUAUCUUUAAUUGGGGAUAUCAGAAAACGCAGAUUUUUGGUAUAUUUUGCUUAGAAAACAAGAUCUACAGAAGGAUAUUAUUUGCUGGAGAACAUUCUUCCAGUGAUAUCGACAAAAAAAGCUCAGCGACACACAUCCCAUUAUACAACGAAUAAACUGAACCAUUGGUGCAUGAUCGGAGACAAGUAGGAGACUGUUCGGAAAUAUAUUAGAAAAAUGUGAACUGCACCACUGGAACCCAAGUACAAUUUACUCCUCAGACACUUGCCCGCUUCUAUAAUCGGAGUUGGAUAGGAAGUAUGUAAGAUAUAUUUGUCCCAAUCUUAAUUUAAUCAUAACAACUAUUCAAAACUUAUGUUGUUUGUGAGAGAAAGUGCUAUGAAUAAGUUAUUCGAAAAUCUGCGAAAAUUUGCGUCAGUACUUCUAGCCACGUGCUACUAGCUGCUAUUAGUCCCGUUGUAUUUCUGAGAUUAUUUUGGGAGUGGUGUUUUAAACAUAAAAUGAUGCCGUAUCUUCCCCGUCUAUAAGCGGUGGUAAUAUGGUUGAAAGAGUCUUUUCGGCUUCAAAAAAUAUUGACAUUUCCAAAGUUUGGGCUAUAAUUCGUAGUUGUUCCUACAUUAAAUUUAAAGCUCGGUAUUCUAGACACCUUUUCGCGGUUCAAAUUGACUUUUGGGAGAAAAGUGGCUGGUCUCUUUUGUUUUCAUAUUGGGUCCACAUAAGGUGAUAAAUCUUCUUCUCCAUCAUCAAUAGCUUAAUUAAUUAUUAGUGUUUAAAUCAAUUGAUCAACUUUAUCCUAAUUAUCACAUCACAAUUUCUAUCGUCGCGUCGUUCUCGAAAAUUAAACUUUUUUGGCAUCCUCGAUUUUGAAAAAUCGUACUCAUUUUUGAAUACAAAUGAUUGCUUCUCAACAAAUUUUUCAAAUUCUUCUAACCACAUAUUACAUAUAGCAUAUCUACAACAGACGCUAUUUGAGUUUUACAAAAGUAGCUUCAAUAAUAACUGACAUUUGAGUUUAUCUUUCUAGGAUAUGAUUUAAGACACAUUGGCCCGGUAAUCUUAUCGAGAAAACUGUAGUCAGAUACAUAAGAUGUAAUAGAAUGUUAAUACUUAUUGCCAAUUUCAAAAUUGGAUAAGAUAUAGUAAGUUAUCGAAUCACUUUGAAUACAUAGAUAAACUGAUUAUUAUGAUAGUUAUUACCGAUAUAGUAUACAAGUUAUGUUGAAAUAAGUUGUGAUAAUAUUUUGAUGGAUUUUUGGAAAUAAUAAGUAACUAAUGCUGCUUUGAAACGUAAAGACUUAUAGGAUAUAUUAUAUAGAUGUGAUGUUAAAUGUACUUAGAAUGUUCAAAAUGAGAAAUGUAACUUGGAUGUCAGUCUUUAAGAUUGCGUUUAAGCCCAAUAACAGUUUUUGUUAGAAAAGAGAGCUUAAUUUUUCCCACAUUUUUCUACAAAAUUUUCAACAACGGAGCUAGAUAAUAAGUAAACUUAAUAUGUAAACAAAAACAAUGUGAAGGUUCUUUUGCACCUAACUAAAACUUUUAUAACAUGUCAUGGUUAUUGAGGAAUACGACUUUCCGAAUGUUUCUAUUAGUUUAGUGCUAAAUGUAAUUGCUAGAGCUGCAAUUUGCAAAUAAUUUCGUUCUGAAAAUAACCUAAAAUAGAUAAUGGUGCAGAAGCUCCUGAAAAAAGUAGGUGAUAGGUACUAUAGGCCUGUAAAAGAACGAGUUUAGAUGUCAAAAAUUAGGUAAGUAUAAAUGAGAAUUUAUGCUCAAACACUUCUAUUCAUAUUUUUAUAAUGAACAUUUGUUUAGAAAACCUAUUCCACUUGUGAAAAAUUUAGUUAGUUUUGAUAAACUUUAGGGUCCAAGUCUUUUUUACCCGACUCUGGGGAUGGGAGUAAUAGAAACAAAUACGGUAUAUAAGUAUUAGUGUAGGAGAUUGCUCGGUAUACGUAAAAUGAGAUUUUCUGGAUGCUUACCGAAAGCUUCCCAUAAACAAAUAUCGUGAAUCUUAUAUGUUUUAAGAAAAAAAUCUAACAUAAUGUAUUCACGAUCUAAACAAAGUACUCUGGCCAUAUUACAUUAUUUACUUUCAAAAUUCUUUACAAUAAAUAAUAAUAUAUCAUCCCAUUUAUUGGUCUUAAUGUACUUCAUUCUUAUAUAUUUUAUAUUUUUGUUAUAUAAAUAAAUAUUUAAAAUACUCUCAUCCGUAUAUAAACUAUGAAAAAAAUAGAGUUAAAAAAAUUUGUCAAUAAUAUUUAAUUCAGAAGUUAAUCUGUUUUAUUGAAGAAAUACUAAAUACGUUUUGUACCAAAUAAUAUACGAUGGUUAUGCUAAACAUGUUUAGAUACUUAAACAAAUUAUUUUGAAUAAUUUUAUUUUUAUUUUUUCAAUAGAAUCCCCCUUAAACUCUAUAAACUUCGAUAAAACCACCAAAAACUUUUGACAAGCAUUAUUCUGAAAUUUAUUUGUCGACCACGUAGCUUUUCUUCAACGAUAAAGGCCGGGACACAAUUGUCAUACAUCAUUCCGAUUCGACUGCGGUCCGAUUUUGCAUCAAAAAACGAAUCGGUGCAGGAUCGUUUCGGUAUCGGAAGGAGUAUCCUAUACGCUUUCGAGCUUUUCCGAUUUCCAACUCCAGCGAAAUGCUUUCAGCAACAGCGAUUUAGUCAUAAUGGCAUUUUGUUUAAAAGAAGAAGAAAACCAGAGACAUUUCAUAGAGAACAGAGGAAAAUGCAGAUUUUGAGUACCGUUUUAUUUUCUUAUUAUAGUCCUGAUUUAUAACAGAAAUACAAUGUGCUUCCUAUUCGAAAAAAUUGUUUAUCUCUUUUUUAUUUAAUUGUGAUGAUUCCUCUACUUUUAUAUAAAAAGUAAGGAUAAUAUUUCAAUUUGUAGUGUACCUUUGACAUUUAAUUCCUUCGCAACUUUUUUCAGAUCAUGUCUUUGUAGUCGACGUUUCCGAUACUGCUCGUUUGUCUGAUCAUACAAUACUGGAUAUCUCCUCUCUUCUUCAAUAAGCUUUUCGGUUUUAUACCCGGCAUUAUUGCCAAUUUAGUAAAAAGAAACAAACACUGCAAAAACUAAAAAAAUAAUUAUUACACAUUCCAACGGAUACGCAUCCUGCAUGAUCGGAGUCGAUUAGAAGUGGUAUCAGACACGUAUCGCUGUUCAAACUCUCUCAUCAUUUCCCUCUCAAACCCUAGUCCUGUAUGAUCGUAGUCCAAUCGGAAGGAUGAAUGAUAGGUAUGUCCGGCCUUAAGAAGUAAAAAAGCAAUUUACCUCCCCGUUCAGCGAAAAAAUUGAUAGUUCUUGCAGAAACAUGAGCAGGAUCAUUUUUAUCAUGCCAGUCCCACGCAAAUCUGUUCUUGGACGCUGUUUGUUAUUCCAUCAUCUACCGGUACACAUUUUGUGAUAUACUAUUCAGCAGUUACUGUUUUUGAUUCACCAAUGUUUCUCGAAAAGAUCCCAGACGUUUUUCGCUCAAUGGUUUGUAGGGGACCGUUCGCCUAACAAGUAAGUUGUUUCAUGAACUAUUGGCAAAAUAAUUUUCCGCCAAGCAUUCCGCAGCUUCAAUUUUCUUCGCACUUUGACACGUUCUGAUUGUUGAAAUUUUUGAGAAUACCUAAUAAUACAACUUCAUGUAUAAAAAAUUUAUUAAUUCCUGUUGAAUUUGAAGAUGUAAUUGAUUAUUUUAGAGAUACCCAAUCAAAAAUCUUAUCCUUUGAUUCAAUCAUGGUUUUUCCAAAGUUCUUAAACUACAUUGUUGAACAUAAUAUAAUAUGAUAUAUGAGCACUUGAACUAAUUAGAGCAUCUGGGCUUCAUUACUUCAAUAAGAUCACCUCUAAUAUUAUAACACUGUGAAGUGUAUAAUGUAUUUAAGUAAUACAAUUGCCUUAGUGCCUAUAAUCCGGGAAGUACCAAGAAAUGAUCAUAUAAAAAACUUAAUGAGAUCGGUAGAAAAUUUCAAGCAUACUGUUCAUGGAAAAUGUUAUCAAACUAGAAAAUUAACGCCUCGAGCUAAGAAUGGAAGGAAACCAUUUAUCCCAGUAUCUUAUUUUGAGGACACAAUCACACAAGUCCGUUAAAUCAUAGUGUCAUGAAUAACCAAGAUAUUAUCACAGAUAAGAACACAACAAAUACCAAAUAUUCCACUUGAAAGUACGAGAUUAGAAGAUGGUGCUGCCAUGUGUCUUUACCCAAAAUUUUAAGGACUAUGGUUGCUACAUUUCGAUAGUUGUGAAAAAAAGGAUGGGUAAUGAAUUUCCAAAAUGAAAGGAUUGAACGGCUAAGAAGUAUUAUUCUCAAUUACUUUAUUUAGAAAGAUACCAUAAUGCAAUAAGAUAAUAUUAAUAAAAUCAUAUUCAAAUAAACAAAAAAGCCAAUAUAUAGUGCCUAUCUUUUUGAAAUUCUUCUAUACUGUGGUCUCAAAAUGUAUUAUCUGAUAUUUAUCAGCAUUCUAGGUACCACCUUUAAUAAUUGUACACUACAUUCCGAACAGGACAGGAACUCACGGGUUUUGGAAAUCAACAUUACUUGGCACACUUAAACAACUAACCAUCAUGUUUUUGUUAAUUUUAUCCUAGAAAAAUGAAAACAA